UUUUCUCUUUUUAUUUCCUUCUUUUCUUUUAUUUUGUCUUUGUUUCUUUUCUUUUUCUUUUCUUUCUUUCUUCUUUUUGUCUUUCGUUCUUUCUUUCUUUCUUUUCUUUUUUUGUUGAGUAUAUUUACUCAUUGUAUACGGGUUUUAUGACCUCACGUCUUAUCUACACCGAGUCGUCAGUUGACAACCAGGAAGUUAUCACGUGGCCUUUUUAUCUACUGUUAUAGCACCCAGACAACACAAACUGUACAAUCCCUUUUUUUUAAUGUAAAUUGUCCCCGUUACAGGAAAUAGACAACACCGAAAAAGAAGACAGCAUUCGAACUAAACUGAUACUUAAGGAGGAGAAGACAGAAACGUGUGUUUUCUAAAUUGAGUUUUAUGUACUAGUAAAGACAAGAACAGACAAAGCGAAACAAGGACUGUCAAGUCUCUAAAACCAGCGGAUAAAGGCACGAUGGAUUGUGGCUCCUAUAUUUCCCAGGUUUCUGCCUGCAGACAAUGUGAAACUUGAACUCGUUAUCGGCGUUAGCUUUCACGAUGUCUGAACACCGACAGUUACCAGCAGCCCCGCCCCUGCCGGAUCCCCCACCCAGGCCGAAGAAAAGACAACCUACGCAAGAUGAGAUUACAAAAGCCAGAUUGAAAUUCCUGAAGGAGAUGAGCAAACACUACAUAACGAACGAGGAAAACAUUGUAGCCAAGGAAAUGUUUCGACUCCACAAAUACAACUGGCCUCAGAUCCUGGUCGUCACGGCUGGGUGCGAAGGAGAGUCAGAUUUCGUGACCUUCUCCAGCGAUGAGGUGUUACGGGUGGACAGGGAAUUCAACUAUCAGUGUGUGUUAGCUCGUGACCGAGUUGGCAGAAUCAUCAGCAUUCCGCUCGACUUCGAUAUCAAGUGUAGAGUUGUCUCCCAUGAUAAAGCCUCUGAAAAACAGUUUAUAGCAAACAUCAUUGAGAGCCACAGUCUCCCUGUGACGGUGAAGUUCGCGGUCCCCGACAACCACAUCUUUGACCUGGGAGAGAGCGCCCACCGAGCCGACAGUUUCGGCUGCAUGGCCCUGCUCAAAGUGUAUGAUGAGACAUACCUGAUUUCAAACCCUCUCAUAGACGGCGUCCUGGACCCCCACAUCAUCAUCAUCCCGCUGUAUCUGGAGAUGCUGAUCUCUACCGUGGUUGGGGCGGAGGCGAUGAGCGUCAAAGAGUGGGAGGAAUACACGGAGGAAGUCAAGAAGGACGCCGCCAAGCUCGACUUCAGCUCCGUGAAGGGACGAAAAGCAAUGGCAAUAUACCCCGACAUCCCGGAUGAGGCCCAAGACACGGACAUAUACUCGUACAUCCGGCCCGAUAGCUACGUCAUCCUGCGGGAAAAAGAAACUGGCAGAAUUCCAAAAGAGAGAAUCAAUUACUGUGAAAUUUACAAAUGUGACAAGGACGAAAACGUCUAUGAAGAAAUCACACCAUCUGUGCCACCACGGGCGCCACAGAAGAAGCCGUGUUCUUCAAAGUCAGCAGGUCCGCCCAUUCCGAAAAGAGACAAAAGUUCGACGUCAACAAAGUUACCACCAGCCAGAAGUGACGUCAGCGAUUUGACUGUCGCGGAGCUUGGGGAGAAACUCAAGCUACUGAAGCUGGACAAGUACGUGAAGAAAUUCGAAAAGGAAGGAAUUGACGGGAGCAUCCUUGUGGAAAUGGAUCAGUUAAUUUUGAAAAAGGAGUUUCAUUUUAAAGAGUUUGAGGCAAUAAAAUUAACAAAGUUUGUUCAGAGUGGCCAUAUUCCAAGUUAAACUGAAACAAUACAAAAUAAUUUGUUUCUACAGACCCGGUGAAUGGAAAUUACGCUAUUAAUGGAUCACAACAUUUCAAAUGAUUGAAACAUUAAUUUCGUAUGCGAUAUUUUUGAUACAUUUGUUCCGAUAUUGUUGGGAGGUAAAACCUCGUUUGAGCUACUAUAUUUCAUUUCAAUUUAUUUUCGUGCUUAUAUCCAAUGCCGAUUCAAGCACGCUGUCCUGGCACACAUCUCAGCUAUAUGGGCUGUCUGUCCAGGACAGUGUGUUAGUUAGUUGUUAAUUGGUUAGUGGUUAGAGAGAAAAAAGAGGGUGUAGUGGCCUUGCACCUACCCAUUGAGCCCUUAAGAAUUCGCCGCUCUGAGUUGGAGUCAGUACCGGGCUGCGAACCCUGUACCUACCAGCCUGUAGUCCGAUGGCUUAACCACGACGCCACCGAGGCCGGUUGAGUUACUGUAAACAUUAAGAUGAGCAAAAGUACGUUGGAUAAACAUACAUUGAUGGCUGUUAAUACGUCAUGGUCAUUAUACACCAGCAAAAUAUAGCAGAGUAAAAUGUAAUAGACACUUGUCUUUGGUACCAGCCUCAUUGGAUAAGCCUUCAGACUUAAGGCUGGUAGGCACAGGGUUAUCUGGGUUCGUGUCCUAGUACCAGCACCCACUAAGAGCGAGUUUAAUAAGUCAGUGGCUAGGCGUGAGGCAAUCUGAUUAAAAUUAGCAGUAGAUCUAACAGGACUCCCAUGUCAUCUAUAAAUAACAAUUUAAAUAUCAACCAAUUACAUUUGCCUUCUAUAGCGUUAUUCGGGAGCAUACAAAUUCUAAAAAUAUCCAGCGAUACUAUUUAUGCAAUAGGCGAACUUGUUGG